UGUGUGUGUGUGCCUUGUUUAUAGAAUCUUUGGUAAAAUGUACGUGAGCCAAACUUUUAUGUUGAAAAGAUCCUUAGAGAUUCAAAGAAGUCUGUAGUGCAGGAGUCACAAAUUAAGUUAUACAUGCAGUUACUAAAAAUCGAUGAUUAAAUAUUAUUUAAAAAAAACCCAACAACAACAAAAACAAACUCACACACCCUGACUGGCUGUAUUCUUUGUAAAAAACUGAGCUCACGUCAUUGCACAUGCACAUAUGGCUUCAGAGUUAUUUUUAAUGCAUACCAGCCAAAUUAACCGCUGCACUCAAAGUUUCCUUCCAACUACAUUUUUUCAGCUGGACAAGAUCUCCAAUUGAUCUUUUAUUAAAAUCCUUUUGCUACCACUAAAAAUGUGAAUGAUUGUGUUUAAACAAUAUUACUUUACUUUAAAAAGAUUCCUGUUGACAUUUUGGCCUCUGCGUUACGGUUGAGAUUAUAUUUUAAGACCCAAAUGCAGACAGCAGAGACAGGAAAUGAUGAAGUGAAGAUUUAUUUGACAAACUGUGCUGGAGGGUGAUAUGGACGAGAUGAUGGAGGCUGCAGUCAGGCCGGCAAGGAGGGCUGAGUGGAGCCAGUGUGGAGGAACCCAGUGGAACAGAUGAACAGAAGGCAGAGGAUAAUGACUGGAGAGCACUGUAGAAGGCAACAAAGGGAAUAGCAUAUGUGCAGAGAGCCAGAAAGAGCGAACAUGGGAUGUUCCACUUUAAAACAGGACUACAUAAGAUGGCCACUAAGCUUAGCGCCAGGCAGACAGAGUGUGACAACCGUUUGACUGAAGUUCGUAAUGAGUAUCUGCUGACUUUAGCAGCAGUCAACACCCAUCACCAACACUACUAUACCAGUGACUUACCACAUAUUAUGGAGCAAAUGGACGGUGAUGUUUAUGAGGAUUUGAGAAGCCAUUUCACCUUGCUGUAUGAGACAGAGAUGGACACCUGUAUGGCCACAACCAAACAGUACAACAGGAUAUGGGAGAAUAUUGUCAAGGUGACAAGAGAGAGAAAUGUUCUGCAGUUUCUUCAAGAAUCUGUCUCCUUCAGCAAAAAACCUGAAUUCACCUUCCAGUCAGCUCCAAGUGACAAGGUGUCUGCUCUGCAGGAGUUCUGUGCUUCAGAAGCAGAGGGGUGUCUGGUUAAGGAGGCCAAGAAAUGGGCUUCAAAAGCUGCUAAAGACUACAAGAUCAUCACCCAUGGAGAACGGGCCCUACAGACGUUAGAGAGUCGUCUGAAGCUCUUGUCAGGGGAGACGGGGCUCAGUGUGGCGCAGAAGAUGGCAGAUGUUCAGGACAGCGUCAGGAAAGCAAAGCUCAGCAGGGUGAAGGCAGAGGCCCGUCUGGAUCUGUUGUCAGGGAUUGUCACAGGAACUGAGCUGUGGCUUCACAACGCCAUGAACCAGGCAGAGGAGGAGCUGGAAAGAGAGAGACGCCUCAGUGAACAGAGGAAGUCCACGGAGGAAUUUUCACAGGAUGAGUUUGAGCUGACUGACUUUGAGGACUACAAUGAUGAGAAUGGAGACAUCUUUUCAGAUCCUGUGUCAGCAUCUGGAGUGUGUGUUUACCCAGCAGCCUGCAGGGUUAUCUACAGUUACCAGACUAGCCAGUCUGAUGAGUUGUCAAUCAAUGAAGGGGAGGAGGUUCAAGUGAUUGAGGAAGGAGACAUGGAGGACUGGCUGAAGGUGUGUAACUCAUGUGGUCAGGUGGGGUAUGUUCCUGAACGUUGUGUGCAGUUCCUGUGUGUACCAGCAGAGGACUCCACUCAGCUGGGCAGUUUCAGCUCAACCUCACCCACUGGGAGCACAGAGAGGGCACCCAGCAGAGGUGUAGCCAGAGCUCUGUACUCCUACCAGGCCCAGAGUGCAGAGGAGCUGUCCUUCCAGGAGGGGGCGCUAAUCCAGCUGAAACGCUGUCGACAUGGAGAGGUGGAUGAUGGUUUUUGGGAAGGGGAGCUGAAGGGACGGAUCGGUGCCUUCCCAUCAUUGGUGGUAGAGGUCGUCUAUGAUGAAGGGGAGGAGGAGGAGGAGGAGGAGGAGGAGGAGCCCCUCCCCACUCCAACCAUGCCUUCCUUCUCUCCCCCAGUCCCAGUCCCUGCUGACCCUAACUGUAGUUCAGCACCUGGUGCUGCUUCCCCUAGCUAUGUGGAGGACCAACAGCAGGUCUUUUGUCCAGGAGUUGCAGACAACACAGUAGAGGAUGGAGGUUAUGGCCACAACUUUCCAGAUCCCCCCAGCAGUCAACUGAGACCAGUAUGUGCCUCUGUCAGAGUGAUCGAAUUGUCGGGCACCUCCUCCCCCUCCAACACGGAAGCCUUCACCUCCACAUUGAGAAAAAGACUGGAGUUAUGGUCAAGGUUCACAAGAACAUUUGACAUGUUAGGACCAAAACAACACUUUGAUGAUUUCUUUAUCUGGUUAUAUUCAAAUCAAGUGAACCAUGUAUUGCUACUCAAAUGUGAAACUAACUUCUAUUUGAGCAGAAACACGGUAGUUUCUUACACAGAUAAGUGCACUAACAUUCAUUGUAACAGCAUUGUAACAUACACAUUUAAGGAUAGUUUUAAUUAAUUUCUAAAGCAUUUUGUAAUUGGGAAAAAAAAUCAUGAAUAUUUACAAUUAUAGCACAUAAGAAAAAUCAAGUGGUGUGUAGUUUUAGCUUUACUGGAAACCGCACUUUUGCAAUGUUAAAAUCCCAGCUUGUUAUCAAUCCCAAGGCCUCAAAUACAGCAGUCUGGUCUGUAGCCACACUUUCGAAGUUCAACACUGUACUUGCUCCUCUAGCAUCACUUAUUGUACAGCUAGUACAGUAGUAUGAAGAGCGAGAAAAGUCUCUUUGUGACCAAGAAUCAAGAUCGAUUUUCUUUUUAAUUGAUGUAAAAUAAGUAGGUUACAUCACUUAUUUAACUAACAUAAUGAGACUGCGUGUUAUUGUUCUUUAUGAUCUUUUCCUGAACCUAACCAAGUAGUUUUGGAGCCAAAAUGUAAAAGAAAAAACAUGAUAUUUUUGACAAUGUUAAUAACAAUCCAAAAGACAUGGCAUGAUAUGUGAACUGUCAGUCAAUGAGCUUUACUUUUUGAGUCUAACUGUACAUUGUGUAUUACACAUCAGGCUAACUUGACCACGGAGCACUUCACUUGUAAUGCUGACACAAGGGAAGCAGGUAGAGUGUCACUGUUUGAAUCACAAGGCUACUGACCAGGCUGCUGUGUAUGAUGUGAUGGGAGUGAGACAUUGCCGAGCUUUCAGCACAUGACCCAUUAGAUCUAACAGGUAAGUAAAACAAAUACUGCAGUUGCAACUGAAAUUAAAAUACAAAAACAUGUUCCCCUUAUGGUGUAAAGUUUCUUUACAUUUGGUGGCUUUUUACAAAUUGCCGAAACACUGUCUGAGGAAAUCUUGAAAGGAUAUUAAUUCCCUUUAAAGAAAACACAUGGAAUCCUCCAUAUUCCAUAAUAAUCUAUUUUUUUUGUUACAGACACUAUAACAUAUAAUUGAAUAUUAAUGAAUUGUAUACUCUGUGGGUGCCUUUGCCAGUAGAAGUGCUAGAACAAGUAAACAUUGUACCAUUCGGUUCAACUACAGUAUAAGAAUAUUUUAUGAUGUGACUAGGUGAUGUUUUUGUUUAUAUUCUAUCUCUACAGAGAUAUUAGCAUCAUUUUACAUUUUAGUCAUAUUGAACUGUUUAAUCUUUUGCAAAAAAUAUCCCUGUUUUGUAUAACUGCUAUCGUACUGUACUUGUUAUUACAGUCACAAUUAAAUCAAUCAGUGACAAUUCA